UCGUGGUCUACCAAUUCCACCUGUCAUGCAAUUAUUAAUAUGUCUACAAUUUUACGCUACCGCUAGCUUUCAACUCGUCAACGGAGAUCUGAUGGCUAUAUCUCAGUUUACAGUAUCCAGGAUAAUACACAGAGUAUCGGCUCAAAUUGCAUCAUUGAUUCACGCAGUUAUCAAAAUUCCUAGUAUGGAAGCUGCUAUGAUCGCAAACAGAGAUCUAUUCAGACAACUUGGUGCACGCAGGGAGGGUAUCGGUUUACCUGGCGUUAAUGGCGCUAUCGACUGUACUCACAUUCGAUUAUCUCAUACGAAAUUAGCAGAACUGCAGGAGGUUUAUAGGAAUCGUAAGGGAUAUUUUUCCCUCAAUGUACAGGCAAUGGUCGGACCGAAUAUGAAAUUCUUGGAUGUGGUUCCGGAAUGGCCUGGAAGUAACCAUGACAGCCAAAUAUUCCAAAACUCACGAAUUUACAUGCGGUAUCAUGAGAGACAACUUACUGGAACCCUGGUUGGAGAUGCCGGCUAUCCAUGCUUGCCAUUUCUGCUGACUCCACUGGCAAAUCCAAUUACAGAUGCUCAACAAAGGUAUAACAAUGCACUGUGA